UCCAGGUCUUGAAAUGGACUCUUGGUCUACUUCAUUGUUCGUGCUGCUCUGGCUACCUGGAGUUGAGAAAGGUAGACCAAUUCGAUGGCAAAGUCUAAAUAUACCACGACUCUGCCCGGUUGUUCUCAUAUAAUGGAUGCUCCUUGUGCCGGUACGUAGAGACGAGCGUCGUGAUAGCGAUCACAUGGGUCCGGAGCAUAACGGCAGAAGCAACGGCCUUGCUAUUGUCCUGAUUGGAGGCUUUGUGAUUGCCUGUCUUCAAAUAGGUCUUCUAUCUGCUGCUAAAGUCUGUCCAAUUGUGCGUUUUCAAUUACGAGAUUUUGACUCGGUGGCGUUUUCAAUGUCCGGCCGAGGAUGAGUUACUGGUCAUCUGAAAAUGACGUUCCUCAAGUCAACACUUAUAGCCGCCAAAUUCACCAAUUC